UUUAAAGUGUUGCAGAGGCUACAGUUUGUCUCUUGAUAAGAUCUAAGCGCCAGCACAACUGGAAACAUGCAUCUGACACAGGUUCUCAUCUACCUGGGUUUCUUUGCUUCAUUUGGUCCGGUGGGUUUGGGGGAAAUUGCACCUCACCAGCCUUCAGUGACAGCGGAGGACAGCGAGCAGUGCUCGACAUGCGAGUUCAGACAGCACAGCAAGCUCAUGAGACUACAUGCCAUCAAGUCUCAGAUUCUCAGCAAACUUCGCCUGAAACAGGCCCCCAACAUCAGCAGAGACGUGGUCAAGCAACUCCUACCCAAAGCUCCCCCGCUGCAGCAGCUUCUGGACCAGUACGAAGUGCUCGGGGAUGAAAACAAGGAUGUGAUUAUGGAAGAAGAUGAGGACCAUGCUACAACAGAAACCAUCAUGAGCGUGGCCACAGAGCCGGAAUCUGUCGUCCAAGUGGACGGAAAACCGAACUGCUGUUUAUUCUCCUUCAGUCCGAAAAUUCAAUCUAAUCCCAUCGUAAAAGCGCAACUUUGGGUACACCUUCGACCAGCCGACGAGGAUACGACUGUGUUCCUGCAGAUCUCCCGUCUGAAACCCGUCAAUGAAGGCAACGUACGGAUCCGAUCUCUUAAGAUCGAAGUUAACGCGGGCAUCAGCUCCUGGCAGAACAUAGAUGUGAAGCAGGUUCUCCAAGCCUGGCUGAAGCAGCCGGAGACCAACUGGGGCAUCGAGAUUAAUGCCUUUGACUCCAAAGGAAACGAUUUAGCCAUUACGUCUGCGGAAGCUGGAGAAGAAGGUCUGCAACCCUUUAUGGAGGUGAAGAUUUCUGAGAGCCCAAAGCGUGCGAGGAGGGAGUCGGGGCUGGACUGCGAUGAGAACUCUCCCGAGUCGCGAUGCUGCCGCUACCCUCUCACUGUGGACUUCGAGGACUUCGGCUGGGACUGGAUUAUUGCCCCCAAACGCUACAAGGCCAAUUACUGUUCCGGGGAGUGCGAGUAUAUGCACCUGCAGAAGUACCCCCACACCCACCUGGUGAACAAGGCCAACCCCAGGGGCACAGCUGGGCCUUGCUGCACCCCUACCAAGAUGUCCCCCAUCAACAUGCUUUACUUCAACCGCAAGGAGCAGAUCAUUUACGGGAAGAUCCCGGCCAUGGUGGUGGACCGCUGCGGCUGCUCCUGAGCUCAUGCAGACCCCAGGACUUCUGAGAUUCUCAGCUAAUCCACCAGUCAGUGCUUCUUCUUUUCCAAAUACUGUUCAAUAGGACCGCAAUAGCAGCAAGGUGCUUGUGUUCACUGAGCAGAAUUUUGCCAUCUUCUUUUCUUUUUGACAGACCCACACAUCUCUCAAAAGUCAUACUCAUUUCUUGCGGGUGCGGAGAGUAGUAUCUGUUGGACUUGGAGUGCGGACAUAGCUGUAAAUGUCAUGAAAAACCUUUAUUCAUUUACUUUUUACUUACACUCACCUGCUUGACAGCUUACAUUAAACUGUGCGCAUUAUGAUAUGAGCAAUAUUUCACACACAACCCACAGAGCCCCAGGGACAUUUGAAAUAGGUUGUAAAUCUAGCUGAGGAGGUAAGCAGUCAGAGCAGGGCUUCACUUUCCAUUAACUUCACACUCACGAGGAAUCCUGCAGUUGCAAACUGUACAUUUCCUGUUGCGUUAUGAGCUGCACUGCCAUGCACACUUCCAGCAUAAAUCAUUCUUACUGGACAGAAGGACUUGAAUUA